GGCAGCAGGGACCUGCCUGUGGAAGCAGACGCGCUGACAGAAAGGCAUUUCCGGAGCAAAAACAUCACCAAAUUACUCAGUGACUUCCAUUUUCAAGCAGAGGCAGUGCAGGAGGAAAUGGGUGGCAGGUUGGGACGGAGUGACGGUUUUGGUUGGUGUUUGUACAAGGAAGUGCUCGGCUCAGCUCAGCGUGGCCCCUCCAGACACACCGGGUGACAGCUGAGCAGCUCCUGCCCCAGCCCAGAGCACAUGAGAGAGCUCGGUGUCCCCAGGUUGUGAUCCAGUGAAGAGGAUGCUCUCCGGCCUCCACCCCUGCAGCUCUCGGACAGCUUUUAUCAUUUAUGGCUUAGUUUUCCAAGUUCAGGAGCUGCAGUCAGCUCUGUUCAAGGUGACGGGAUCCCCUGGCCCCAUCACCAAGGCCAUGGGUGAGGACGUGGUGUUGCCCUGCCGCCUCUCCCCGGAGCAGAGCGCGCAGGAGAUGGAGGUGGUCUGGUUUCGGGAGCAGUUCUCACCCUUUGUGCAUCGCUACAAGGGGGGCCAGGACCAGUACGGGGAGCAGAUGCCUCAAUACCAAGGGCGCACCGAGCUGCUGAAGGACGGCCUCUCCAUGGGCAGCGUGAACUUGAAAAUUUUCCAUGUCCAACUGUCGGACAGAGGGAAUUACACCUGCUUUAUUCGCCGCGACUCGGAUUACGACGAGGCUGUGGUGGAGCUGAAGGUGACAGCCAGCGGCUCUGCACCGCUCAUCGCGCUGGAGCAGUACCAGGGCGGGGGGAUCCGGGUGGCCUGUCGCUCGGCAGGAUGGUACCCACAGCCCCAGCUCCUGUGGCAAGAUUCCCAGGGGCGACAUCUCCCAUCCCUCUCGGAAAGCACCACCCAGGACAAGAGCGGCCUCUUUGCAGCAGAGAGCAGUAUAAUCGUCACCAGAGGCACGAGCCAGAACCUCUCCUGUUCUGUCCAACACACUCCACGAGGCCAAGAGCAGGGAUCAGCUUUCUAUAUAUCAGAUCCCUUUUUCCAAAAUGCUCAUCCUUGGAUGACUGCCCUGGGUGUGGUGCUGGUUGCUGUGGUCGCACUCCUUACCAUCGCUGUUUAUCUCUUUAAAAUUAAAGGAAAGCAGGAGAAAAAAAUAGCAAUGCAGGAGGCAGCACUGCGGGACCGCGACGCAGAAAUCGAAGCACAAGAUAAGGAACUUGCGUGGAGAAGAUGUGCAGUGCCAAUAGAAGAAGUGAAGGUGGUUCUGGAUCCAGACACAGCCCACUGUGACCUUGUCCUGUCUGAGGACUGCAAAAGUGUGACACGCCGAGACACGCGGCAGGACAUCCCCGACAUCCCAGAGAGAUUUAACCCAUGGCGCUGUGUGCUGGGCCGUGAAGGCUUCACCUCGGGGAGAAACUACUGGGAGGUGGAGGCGGUGGAUGGGGGAGGAUGGGCUGUGGGGGUCUCCAGAGAAGAUGUGAAGAGGAAAGGCGAGAUCGAGUUUAAACCAGAGGAGGGCAUCUGGGCAGUGGGGCAGUGGGCAGGGCACUUCCAAGCUCUCACAUCCCCUAAUCGCACUUUGCUUCCAGAAAUCCAGACUCCCAAGCGGAUCCGAGUCUCUCUGGAUUAUGAAGAGGGACGGGUGGCAUUUUUCAGUGUUGAUGAGGGGAUUCCCAUCUUCACAUUUCCCCUGGCUUCAUUUGGGGGAAUGAGAGUCCAUCCUUGGGUCUGGCUGGGUCCUGGGACAUGGCUCAAAAUGUGGCCCUGAUGAAAAGGAGGGAGUAAGAGAAGGCUUUUUUAGGGGACCUCAGUAGUUCAGACUCACAGAAAGAUUUAGGUGGGAAGGAACUUGUGGAGAUUUCUAUUGCACUACAGGGCUAACCUCAAAGCUGCCUUAGGUGUCUCUGGACCUUGUAUAGCUGAAUUGUGUAGGCUCUCCAAGGGUAGAGAUCUCGUUACCUCUCUGGACAUCUGUCCUGGUGCUGCAUGUCUCUCAAGGGGAAGAAUGAAUCCUUUAUGUUUGGUCAGAAUUUCCCCAGUUGCAACUUUUGACUGUUGCCUUUCAUCCUUACUCUCUACCUGUGGAAUACUUCCACCAAAAGGACACUCCUGUAACCGGGAUUGCUUUUUAAAUGUACGGAAUAAAGUUA